AUGUUUGCUUUUGUUUUAUUAUGUUCUGCUCUUGGGAAAGAUGACAGUAAGAACAAGCAUGAAGAUUUGCGAUAUCCAUUGGUGCCUGGACAUGAGAUUGUUGGAAUUGUAAAAGAUGUUGCAUUGGUUCCAAUCUUAGCGACCGACAUCAAGGCUGAUGACCAUAUUGGAAGCCAAGUUCUGCCUGCUUCAAUCAUUUUACCAACAGCUCCUUCGAUGCCUAGUGGUUUUCCAAAUGGGCAAUCCCUUUCUGGGCAUCGGAGAACAAGUCCUUUGGGAGCUAACAGCGGAAAUGCCGAAGAUGAUAAUGUAAUGCAUGCUCUUAGUCUGUUUCAGGAAAUUGAGCCAACUUUUACUGAAUUGUUGGUGUCAAAUCUACAGAUACUGCUUUCAAAUACCUGA